AUGGGGCAGUUGGGAGUGAGGAUCUGGGCCCCUCCCUGCAGGGUGGGACUACUGGGUUUCUCCCACAGCCAAGCAGAGCGGGGGUGGCCUCUUGAGUGUCAACCCGGCUGGUACUGGGUCCCCUCUCCGUGUGACAGAAGCUCCCAGAGGAGAGAGACACCCUCUAUUUCAGGGCGAGAGAGAGAUCGAGGCAGUGGACGGCUUUCUUGGCUGCAGAAGGCCCAGCCACAGUCAGGGGUGGGGGCGCCCGGGGACGUCACGGCUCCGAGUAGCUGUGUUGGACCCACGCGGCCCUCAGGUGUCUGUGUGAAGUGUCUGAGAUGUUCCCGGUCAGCUGACCACUUCCUUCUGGGACAGAGAGACUUCCACCACUUGCUCCCUGGGGCCGUCUGUUCCAUGAUGAAGCCCAGAAAAGAGAAUUUUCUUCAGCAGCUUCAAGACAUCUGCCCUUUCUAA